ACUCGCAGGAUUUCAUCGAGCUGCUGGCGCGGCUGCAGAACAGCCGGCUGGACGACCAGCGCUGCGUGCUGCCCGCCUACUUCAACGCCUCGCCGUCGAAGGAAGAGCCGCCCAAGCCGCCGCCGGACAAGAAGUGUCCCUCGGAGAUGCUGCAGCGCGCGCUGCGACACGCGCCGCCGUACCCGCUGGUGCUGACCCAGCCGAGCGGCCAGUACUGGGUGGACGGCACUGAGCACGACACGGCCGUGGACGCGCACGGCCAGCCCCUGCUGCCGGAGCACAGCUGGAAGCCCAAGAUCGAGUGCGAUGAGACGGCCAAGUGUUACCGGCGUCACUUCCUUGGCAAGGACCACAUCAACUGGUACGGCGAGGACGAGCUGCUGGGCCCCGUGGUGCUGUCCAUCAAGCCGGAGCAGAUGUCGUCCCAGGAGCACAUGCGCCUGAUCCUGCGGCUGCGCAGCGGCACCUGUCACGAGCUGGUGCCCACAUCCUGCCGGCACGCGCCCACGCCGGCCAGCAUGGCCAAGCUGCUGAACGACGACCUGUCGCUGGAGCGCCUGGAGCCGGUGCUGGCGCCCGGCGCCGCCGACCUGCUGCUGGCCUACGACGAACACGUACUAGUCAACCACUUCAAGUUCGGCGUCAUCUACCAGCGGCAGGGCCAGACGCGCGAGGAGGAGCUCUUCGGUAACCGCAGUCACAGCCAGGCCAUGGACGAGUUUCUCGACAUGCUGGGCCAGCGUAUUCCUCUCAAGGACCACAAGGGGUACCGGGGCGGUCUGGACACGCAGCACGGCCAGACCGGCGAGCACACCGUAUACGACACGUUCAAGGAUCGCGAGAUCAUGCUGCACGUCUCUACACUGCUGCCCUAUACCGAGAACGACGCGCAGCAGCUGCAGCGGAAGCGGCACAUAGGCAACGACAUCGUGGCGAUCGUGUUCCAAGAGGCCAACACGCCAUUCGCGCCCGAGAUGAUCGCCUCGCACUUCCUGCACGCCUACAUCGUGGUGCAGGUCAUCGAGCCGUGCUCCAGCGGCACUCGGUACAAGGUCAGCGUGGCGGCACGAAACGACGUGCCCUUCUUCGGCCCGACUCUGCCCAGUCCAGCCGUCUUCAAGAAGGGGCCUGAGCUCAGGGAGUUUUUGCUCACCAAGCUCAUCAACGCGGAGAACGCGUGCUACAAGGCGGACAAGUUCGCUAAACUCGAGACGCGGACGCGGACAUCGCUGCUCUCGAACCUGGUGGACGAGCUGCGGUCGCGCAGUCUGCAGUUCUGCGGCCUGCAGGCGCCGCCGGCCGGCGCCGAGCCGCCGCGCGAGUCGUCCGGCAUUCUGAGCACGGUGCGCAAGGCGUUGACGUCGCGCUCCAAGAGUCAGCCGGACGAGCGGCGCCGGCCGCCGCCCAGCCCGGCCGCCGACGGCGCGCUCGUGUUCCGCGCGCACAAGCCGCUCACCAAGCGCACCUCGUCGGGCGCCUCCAACAAGGACACGCUGAGCUCGGUCUCCAGCCAGCCGUCCAGCUACCGCACCUGCAGCUCGGCCUCCUCCAGCCCGGAUGCCACGCCCCACCGGACCCAGAGGGUGGCCAUGUCCGAGAGUGACGACUCGUCGCUGAACUCGGUCGACCUGGAGCCGGCUGGUUACCACGGCAACGGCUACCAUGACGACUCGGACACGGGCAUGGAGAGCAUGGGCUCGACGGAGAACAAGCGGCUGUCGUGUUCGUUUUGCGCCGACGAGCAGCCCGAUCCCAGCGCCGCCAGCGACCUCAUUAAGGAGCUGGAGCGGCUGAAGACGGAAGUCAGCGCGCUGAAAAACGACAAACUCGAUCUUUUGCGACAGAAUGUGACUUGCCAGCGCGACAUCAAAAAGCUGAAAGCCAACGAGAUGAAGCUGCAGCAGGACAUGACGACGGCGAGUCGGGAGAUCGCGCGGCUCCGCUCCCUGGUGAAGGAGUUCGGGGCGGAGCUCUCGGCCGUGUAGGGCCACCGCGCCCGCCGAUUGGCUUAGCUUUCCGCAGUGUAGCGUCUCGCUCCCGCUGAUUGGCUAAGCUUCCCGUAGUGUGGCACCCGGCGCGGUCGAUUGGCUGUCCGGAAAGGCGUGUGCGCUCUCCGCCCGCGCCAAUUGGCUGUCCGGGAAGGCGUGUGCGCUCUCCGCCCGCGCCGAUUGGCUGUCCGGGAAGGCAUGUGCGUCCUCCGCCCGCGCCUCAAUCCAAAGAGAAGUGAAUAAUCGUUUGCCGCUUGAAUUGUGCUCUAUAUAGCUCUGUGUUACGGACGGGAGGUCACAUUCCGGGGGCGUGGGAGCAGUGUACAAAUCUGUUUGUGUUCACCCCAGCUCGUCCCACGGCGGCGGGAGACGCCGUGCUCCACAGUCCGCUUGGUGCCCGGCCGACCGCGGUCGACUUAGUCAAUUCAUUUGCAUGUAGUGCUAGGCGCACGCGACUGUCAUCGAACCGGGGAAUAUAUAUUAUACCCGUGCCCCGGAAACUUGUCUGCACGUGUGUCUGAACGCUUCUGUUUCUCCAAGUCGCGGAGCUGCGUCAGCUAUUUUCUUACACUGGUAAUAACUUGCGUCACCGGUGGCGCCGCCGGCGCCGGUCGCGGCGUCGCGUCCGGCGACACGGCGAUUUCGGCGGGGUCAGGGAUCAACUGUCCAGUGACCUCAGUGUGCUGUCGGCGGUGCCGCGAGGCGGCUCGGCCUCGGCCGCAGCCGUGCAGUCAGCGGCAGCGUGGUGCUGUGGCCGCGGCCCGAGCUGCGGCUGCCUCUCCUCGCUGUGCGUCUAUGUGAUUUGUGUGUGAGAUAGUCCGUACCCUCUAUGUACGCUCUUCGCGAGGUGGCGAAUAAACGUGCGAAGUUUUGA